GUCUGGACCGAUCCGAAAAAACUGCUUGGCUCCAAACCCAUUCGCCUGGAGUACAUUCGGGAACCUCUCAGAGUGUGGCCUGUGGUGGGCUGUCACGAGUUUCUGGUGGCCAUCGCUCCCAAAGAGUAUGACAGAACUGCUAUCCUGGACGUGGGAAGAAGUCUGCAAAAGGUGGUAUUGCAUGCUACCCGUAUGGGUCUCGCAACGUGCUGGAUUGGUCCGGGCGCAGACCACAAGAGCAUCGUUACCAAGAUGGGUAGCCGAUUCGAUGAGGCAAAGGACCAUAUCAUUUGCGUUUGUGCCAUCGGGUAUCCUUCAUGGUACAUUCCGACAGCCAUUUCGCUCAUCGUGGGCCGCGUCCAACGUUUUCGCUAUCCAUUGCAGCAGCUCUUCUACGCGGAUGCAAAGUUUAAGAAUCCUCUCCCAUUCGAGGAGCCCCCCUUCAAACGCUUCGAACGUUGCUACGAGGUUUGCCGCUGGUCUCCAAGCUCCUUCAAUGCACAGCCAGUCCGUGUUGUGGGACAACCGGCAGGCCGUCGCUUCGACUUCUAUGGGGCCAACAGUUCCAAGUACUACACACCAGUGGCCGUAGGCAUUUGGAUGUCAAAUUGGGAAACAG